GCCGACGAGAGCAACAGCAGCGGGCGGAGGAGCUCUUCCAGCAGGGAGUGUCUGAAGAGGAGCCCACGGAGCCCAAAAGCCGAGGGCUCCGACUCGGUGACAUCUCAGUCCUCCCCCAGUGAAGAGGCUGGAAUGAUGACUGAGGUGAAAGUGAAGACAGAGGUACCAGAUGACUACAUCGAGGAGGUGAUCUGGCAGGAUGACACCAAAGAUUCCAAGAAGAACAUCAAGGAUGGGCCGGGGGAUGUGCCUGCAGAGAUCUGCGUGGUCAUCGGCGGCGUGCGCAACCAGCAGACGCUCGAUGGAAAAGCAGUGGAACGUGGCUCUCCCGUUGGAUAUACACGAAAUCGAUAUUCAGGGACCUGGAUUUUUGACCAUGCAUUGAGAUACACGUCCGGGUCUUACGAGUGUGGAAUAUGUGGGAAGAAAUACAAGUAUUACAACUGUUUCCAGACCCAUGUGCGAGCACACAGAGACACCGAAGCUGCCUCAGGGGAAGGAGCCUCACAAGGCAGUGCCCCUCUGGCUGCGGAAAGGGAGAAGAAGCCUCUCUCCAGAGCUGUCUUUGUGCUGCCCUGGGUGGAAUCCACAGAAACAAACAAUUUUAGGUACACGUGUGACAUUUGUGGGAAAAAAUAUAAAUACUAUAGCUGCUUCCAAGAGCACAGAGACCUACAUGCCGUGGAUGUUUUUAGUGUGGAAGGGGCCCCAGAAAACCGGGCAGACCCCUACGACCAGGCCGUCAUCGCCGCCGACGACGUGAAGGAGGAGGAGCCCGAGCCCUUCCAGAAGAUUGGGCCGAAAACUGGCAAUUACACCUGUGAGUUCUGUGGCAAGCAGUACAAGUACUACACUCCCUACCAAGAGCACGUGGCUCUGCACGCCCCCAUCAAGUUCUCUCGAUCUCCACUCUUCGUGGCAGUGAAGACACAGACGAGCCAGUCCAGCAAAAAAUCUCCGGCGUCCAUAAACCGCUGUUCUGGCCUCCUGCACCGCAGCCCCUCCGGGGUCCCGCCCGCAUCCCAGUCCCAGAUGUUCCGCGCUCCAAAUUCCGGAUCCGCAGGAAGCAAGGCCAUCACAGCAGAAAGUGCUUUCAGCAGAAGAGUGGAAGGCAAGAUGCAAAACAACUUUGAAGAAACAAACAGCAAUUCCCAGAACUCCAGUGCUGGUCAUUCGGGGACAGAAAAACCUAAAGAAAAGAGGUGUAAGCAGAACCCAUCAGAGCCUUACACCUGUGGAGCUUGUGGAAUCCAGUUCCAGUUUUAUAACAAUCUCCUGGAGCACAUGCAGUCCCAUGCAGCUGACAAUGAGAACAACAUUGCCUCCAGCCAGCGCAGAUCACCUCUCCCUGUGGUUGAAGAAAAGUGGAAACCACAGCUCCAAAGAAAUAACGCCAACAACACGUCGGCGAGCGGCUCGCUGGGGAACAGCGCGAUCCCGGAGAAGGAGCGGCAGAACAUCGCCGAGAGGCUGCUGCGGGUCAUGUGCACCGACCUCGGGGCACUCAGCGUGGUCAGCAGCAAGGAGUUCAUCAAGCUGGCACAGACCCUGGUGGAUAGCGGGGCUCGCUACGGUGCCUUCUCCGUCACAGAGAUCCUGGGCAACUUCAACACCCUGGCUCUGAAGCACCUGCCUCGGAUGUACAACCAGGUGAAGGUGAAAGUCACCUGCGCCCUGGGCAGCAACGCCUGCCUCGGCAUCGGGGUCACCUGCCACUCACAGAGCGUUGGCCACGACUCCUGCUACAUCCUCACCGCCUACCAGGUGGAAGGCAACCACAUCAAGAGCUACGUCCUGGGCAUUAAGGGCAUAGACAUUCGAGACAACGGUGAUUUUAUCCACCACUGGGUGCAGAACGUGCUGUCGGAGUUUGUGAUGUCGGAGAUCAGGACGGUGUACGUGACAGACUGCAAGGUCAACUCCUCGGCGUUCUCCAAGGCGGGCAUGUGCCUGCGCUGCUCGGCCUGUGCCUUGAACUCAGUGGUGCAGAGCGUGCUCAACAAGAGAACACUACAGGCUCGCAACAUGCACGAGGUGAUCGAGCUCCUGAAUGUCUGUGAAGACCUGGCGGGGUCCACGGGCCUCUCAAAAGAGACCUUUGGCUCCCUGGAAGAGACCUCCCCGCCACCCUGCUGGAACUCAGUCACCGACUCCCUGCUGCUCGUCCACGAGCGCUACGAGCAGAUCUGCGAGUUCUACAGCAGGGCCAAGAAGAUGAACCUCAUCCAAAACCUGAACAAACACCUGCUCAGCAACCUGGCAGCCAUCCUGGCGCCGGUGAAACAGGCCGUGAUCGAGCUGAGCAACGAGAGCCGGCCCACGCUGCAGCUGGUGCUGCCCACCUACGUCAAACUGGAGAAACUGUUCACUUCCAAAGCCAACGAUGCUGGCGUGGUCAGCAAACUCUGUCACCUCUUCUUGGAGGCGCUGAAGGAGAACUUCAAAGUUCACUCGGCACACAAGGUAGCCAUGAUCUUGGACCCUCAGCAGAAGCUGCGGCCCGUCCCACCCUACCAGCACGAAGAGAUCAUUGGCAAGGUCUGUGAGCUGAUCAAUGAGGUGAAAGAGUCCUGGGCAGAAGAAACAGAAUUUGAACCUUCAACCAAGAAGCCUCGUGCAGCAGGGGAGGCCACAGCAGCUCAGGAAGAAGAUUGGUUUGGGAAAAAUGAAGUCUAUGAUUAUUUGCAAGAACCUCUCUUCCAGGCCACCCCUGACCUGUUUCAGUACUGGUCGUGUGUUACCCAAAAGCAUAUGAAACUAGCCAAGCUGGCCUUUUGGCUCUUAGCAGUGCCUGCUGUGGGUGCCAGGAGCGAAUGUGUAAAUAUGUGUGAGCAGGCGCUCUUGAUCAAAAGGAGGCGGCUACUCAGUCCAGAAGAUAUGAACAAACUCAUGUUUUUGAAGUCCAACAUGCUUUAAGACUGUCUUUUAAUUAAAACAAAACUUUAAAACACUGUUCCAAACAAAGAAAAAGAAAUUUAAGUUCUAAACACUGUGGACCUCAUUAUGAAUGCCCCUGGAAACCAAGUGCUUUUUUAUAUAUAUAUAAAAAUAUAAAUAUAUAUAAAAUUAAGUUUGAAAGGAAAGCUGAGCACGGGAGAGAGACAGCCCUCUGCCAGGAACGUGCUCCUUUCCAUAGAUAGUGUGUGGACUUGACAGACUUUCUAAUGUUUUCAAGUGGGCAGACGAAUGGGAGGCUGAUGUUCUAAAGUCUUCAGGCAGCUGAGAUCUAAAGUGACUUGAAGUUUCUUUUGUUUCUCCUCCACCCCACCUUUCCUCUUGUCCCCUGGGCCAUCUUGCCAUGGAUAAUCAGACUCCAUUGACCAGACCAGUUCUGCACUGGACUUUGCUCCUUUGAAUAACUGUACACCUUGAGGGCACUUGGCUGCAGCCUUCUUGGCGUGGUGCACGAAUCAGAGCAGCUGUGUUCACCAACACCAGUAUCUUUAGAAAUCAGGAAGGGAGGCUUUAAGGUUUUUAAUUUUUAAUUUUAUUUUUAACAUUUCCAUAUCCUUUUUUUUUUUUUGCCAAAAACCAAAAGUUACUCCUCUGUCUCUACUCUCAGUUUUGAGUUUAACAUGGCAGCAAGUGAUCAUAAGUUUGAUUUCAAACUAAGAGAAAUGGUUCAUGGCAGAAACUGUCAGUAGUUGUUACGUUUCUUGGCUAUAUAUUUUUUUACAGCAGAACUUCUUUUCUGAACUCCUGGUGUUAAUUAGCUUUUCUGUGAAUUGUGUACAUCAGGCGUUCUCAAACUUGUUCUAGAGUAGCCCAUUUGCAAUUAAAUCAUAUUCUUAUGGGAACCAUGGCAGUUGUUUAUGUGGCAAAGCCUAGAAAUCAGGAAAAGCAAAUGGUGACAGCACAGGUGGCUGUGGGCUACCAGUGAGCUUGCUAGGUCUGCCAGAGAACCCUUGUACCUAAAGUUUUUUGUUAAGAAGUGUCUCAGUGGCAGACAAACCACCCUUCCCAAAGCCAAGGACAAACCAAGGUGUAUGAUUUUUCAGGGGAACAAAGUUCACCAGUUUUGUCGAACUGGGGUUUGAAGGAAGCUUAGAGAAGUGCAUGGGCUCAAAGAUCCUUCUGAAUGUAAGUGCUCCUGAUUGAGUGCAAAGAAUAUCUUCCCAUUUUUGUUUGGAAUGGU